AGAAGGAUAUCACUGAGCACAUAGAGAAGACAGUACAGUACAUGGGUCACAACAGAGAAAGACAGGACGUCCUGCAGCAAACGGCCUGCAAACCCAGGACACUGCAGUCAGGACUCAGUCUUAAUAAGAGCCGAGUCACUUCCUGUCCAGCAUGGCGAGUUCCUGCCAGGAGUUUGAGGUGGUGGUCCACACCUCGCCUGACCCCGCCUCCGGAACCUACAGCCUCCUGAGGCUCAGCCUGAUUGGCUCUGAGGGCGAGACUCCGCCCCUCACUGUGAACGAGGCCGACCAGCAUCUCGUACCUGGAUCGAGCUGCGUGGUCCGGGUUCGGCCCAGCGGGACGCUGGGCCGCCUGCUGCUGGUCCGGCUGAGGCUCGAGCCUCGGCCCGGCUUCCCCGACCUGGACUGGCACUGCCGCCGGGUGGAGGUCCGCCGGCUGGCUGACGGACAGGCCGAGCAGGAAGGGGCGGGGCCUGAGGAUCCGGAGGUGGAGGCGUUCAUGUGUGAGCGCUGGCUGCGGUCAGCAGAUGGCGACAUGGAGCUGCGGAGCGGAGAGAUGUGUCUGCUGAGCGAGGAGACGGAGGAGAAACUGAGGCAGCAGCGGAGCGGUCAGCUGCAGCGACAACAGGAACGCAUCAGGUGGCGCUGUUUCGUCGACGGCGCUCCGCACUGUGUGGACGUGAGCAGCCUCAGCGAGCUCGACCCCAACCUCCGCUACGGCCACCAGAGCGCUGUCGAUCUGCAGUACCUGCGAGGUUUCACCGGCCGGGUCGACAGCUGGACGAGCUUCACCGAGCUGCAGACGCUGUUCGCCCUCAACGCCAAAAACAACCACAUCGCAAAGUACGUUCAGGCUCACUGGAGAGACGACUGGUUUUUUGGGUAUCAGUGUGUGAACGGCUGUAACCCGCUGCUGCUGCGCCGCACUCGCCUGCUGCCCCCCCGCCUGGCCGUCACGCCCGACAUGCUCCGCCCCUUCCUGCCUGAGGGCUCCUCUCUGGAGCAGGAGCUGGAGCGAGGCAGUGUGUACCUGCUGGACUACGAGCUCCUGGACGGCGUCCCGGCCAACGUGGUGAACGGGCGGCAGACGUUCCUCUGCGCUCCGCUCUGCCUGCUGCACCUGGACGGGCGGGGUCGCCUGCAGCCCGUCGCCAUCCAGUUGCAGCAGACCCCCGGCCCUCACAACCCCGUCUUCCUGCCCUCCGACCCCGCCUGUGAUUGGCUGCUGGCGAAGAUGUGGGUGCAGUGUUGUGACUUCCAGUGCCACCAGCUGGUCUCCCAUUACCUGCAGACCCACAUGCUGGGCGAGCUGUGCUGCACCGCCACCCUCAGGCAACUGCCGGAAGUGCACCCGCUGCACCAGCUGCUGAUGCCGCAUGUCAGGUCGUCGCUGCAGAUCAACGUCCAGGCCAGAGCGUCUCUGCUGGCUGCCAACGGCGUCUUUGAUAAGGCGAUCGGUUGUGGUCUGGAGGCGGUGCCGGUGGUGUUGUCCCGGGCGGCGGCGAGGCUUCGUUACCGCUCUCUGUGCGUCCCAGACGACGUGGCCGACCGCGGCGUGGACCAGCUGCCGCACAGCCUCUACGCCCAGGACGCCCUGAGGGUCUGGGACGCCCUGCACAGGUUUGUGUCAGGGUGGAUCGAUCUGUUUUACGCUGCAGACGAACAGGUGCAGGUGGACUGUGAGCUGCAGAACUGGAUCAGAGAGAUCCACACCCACGGCUUCAACCAGCCAGACUCAGGUUUUCCUCAGUGUUUCCAGACCAAAGCAGAAGUGAGUCGCUUCGUCACGGCGCUCGUUUUCUGCUGCUCGGCGUUGCACGCCGCCGUCAACUUCUCCCAGCUGGACUUCAGUCUCUGGAUGCCGAACCGCCCGGCCGCCAUGUUCCGUCCUCCUCCGCAGGAGAAAGGCGGCGUGACGGAGGCAGACCUCCUGUCCUUGCUGCCGGACGUGGGCUCGUCGUGCAGCGUGCUGGCCACCCUGACGCUGCUGGCUCAGCCGUCCAGAGACUUCGUUUCUCUGUGUGAUUACCAGGACGCCGCGUUCAGGAGCGGCGCCCCCCGCAGGCUGGUGGAGGACGUGCAGGCUGAGCUGAGGGCCAUUUCUGAUGACAUCACAGAGCGGAACAGGAAGCUGGAGCUGCCGUACCCGUACCUCUGUCCCACAAACAUCGAGAACAGUGUGGCUAUUUAAAGUUAAAUUUAUGGCAAAAAAUGCCAAAUUUUCUCUAUCAUCAUAUACAACUAAUAAUAAAAUUAAAUUCCAUAAUCCUUCCCCCUCAUUCACCCUGGGACGUGGCCACGCUUCACAUUCAUGCACCUGGGAGCUACGCUUUAAAAAAUAAUCUCACCUUCAGUCUCGUCUUUGUGUUCAAAUGUUGUUUUCCUUCAAAAAAAGGUCAAAAGUCUGCCAGCGGGAUGAGAUAAUCCCAACUAACGUCCCCAAAUCCCCCGGCCUUAAUCAGUUUGUUUCCAGAAUUUGUCAUUUUCUUGAUCCGAGAGGCUGAUCUGCUUUGCUCUGCUGUGUCUCUGCACAUUUAUACUCGUUUGAUCCUGAAACGAGUCAAAACUGCAUUGGAAACCAGUGGGAUUAUCUCCUCCCACUGGCAGAUUUUUGACCUUGUUGGAGGAAAAACUGGAUUUGAACGGCGAGGCUGAGACCGAGGGACGUGGAGACGCUUCUGCCUCGCUGCAGCUCGACUGAUGUCAUGUGGUUUUAAAGUCUGAUUUGCUUUUCUUAAAACAAUCUGGGGUUAGGGUUAGGGUUAGGGUUAGGGUUAGCUUCCUCUGAUUCCAAUCAAAUUCAGAUUCUUUUGAUUCUUUUCAUUUUUUUUCAUUGUGACCCUUUCACUGCACUUCACCUGCUUUCCCCAAACUGUCAUAUGACAGUGUCAUAACAUGUCAUCCUGAUCUCUUUAUUCUGUAAUUCAAUAAAAUGAAAUCCCUGCAGGA